GGCCUCUGUGGAGUGGCAGUGCAGGUCUGGCUUAGGUGAGGCGGGGCCUGAGGCGCCUGUAAUCUUUGCCUCGGCGCUGCGUCUUGACCCCGGAAGCAGGGUGUCGGGCUCUGGUGCUGAUACGACGGGGGACUGCGGCGCGAGCCUCAGAAGCAGCAAAGGCAAUGUUUCACUUCUUCAGAAAGCCUCCGGAAUCUAAGAAGCCCUCAACGCCAGAGACAGAAGCAGAUGGAUUUGUCCUUUUAGGGGAUACAGCACCUGAGGAGAGGAUAGCAGCAAGAGGUAAAACUUCAGAAGGAGACAGUAACCAGCCUUUGGAGACUGGCAAGGAAAGCUCAUCCAGUGUGACUGUAGCAGGCCCCGAGGCGGAAAAUAAGGCAGGCCAGACUCUGGAAAACAGCUCCUUAAUGGCUGAGCUUCUGAGUGACGUACCCUUCACCUUGGCCCCGCACGUGCUGGCCGUGCAGGGCACCAUCAGUGACCUUCCAGACCACUUACUCGCCUAUGAUGUCAGCGAAAACUUAUCAAGGUUUUGGUAUGAUUUCACUCUUGAAAAUUCAGUGCUCUGUGAUUCAUAAUCUUUAUGUCUGUUUGCACCUUAACAGCUUUAAAACAAGUUUGCCUAUUUUAUUUAACCUGUUUGAUGUUCUUCGCCAUUUCACUGUGCAAAGGUCCUCAGAAAAGCAAGGAUCAGAAAGCAAAUAACAUUACGUUCAUUGCUCUAUUUUUUAGAAUAAAGUAUAUUUGUACAAAAUGGAACUCAAGUUCUACUCCCUUUCCCCAAAGUAAUAAACACAAAAACUGAGCUAUCAAGGUUUUAUGAAAGGAAUAGAGUCCUUCAACAGGUCUCUCAAAAUGCAACGCCUCACAUUUAUCUUAGAACAGUAAGAAAGGACAAGGGCACUUAGUUACCAUUACUCUGAGGUCUGUGCUUAGACUGGUGAGUGAAUUCUCUUCUCUGGUUUGGAGGAGACUUGAAUUAAUGUUAUUCCCUAUCUUCUUCCACAGUGUUUAUGCAUGAACUCAGAGGAAAAAAAAUUGCCAGUUAGCUUAAUUUCUUCAGUCCUGAUUUAGACACUGAUGUGGACACUUAGAACACUUCCUAAAAAAGCAGUAUACAGAAAUCCUGUGACCCCUGCGGACACUGUCUCUUCUGAACACUCAGCUGCAGUUUCCUGAAACCCAUGGCAGUCCUUUCCAUCCUGAGUGAUGGCUGUGUUCCUGCCUUUGUUUUCUGCCUUAUUGCUACUUCAGACUGAACUGUCACCCGCUUUCCCAAGAACUUUCCGUGCUCUGCCUCAGUUGGCAUUUGCUCCCCUUACCACAUAUGUUCCCAGUUUAUGAAGAGAUCCGCAUUUCCUUUCAAUCUCUCUGCCUCCUAAAGAAAAACAGCUCAUGAUGAUACAUGUUAUUGCUGAUAACACCCUUAUUUAGAAAUUUGUUGGCCACAAUACAGAUGGAAGUGUUUUACUGCUAGAAAAACUGAAAUAACUCAUUUCCAGUUAGAGAAUAGGCCAGACACCUAGCUAUGACUUUCAGUUCUUGAAUAUCCAUUAUUUGUUCAGCUAAAACAGAAAACUGCCAUUGGUCAAUAGCCUGUAAAGGGAAGAGGUAAAUUGUGGUAGAGUAUUUUCUAUGCCAUGGAAAACUCAAAUCACAUUUGUUUUGAUUACGAGCAAUACAAUUUAUUUAUUCUGUGCCAAAUUUUAAGUAUAUUUUCACAAAGAUAGAGUGCUGUAGUAAAACUAAACACUGCAUAAAGUUACCUGAAUUAUUCAAGUUUUAACCUGUUAUGCAUGUUUUUAAAAUAAAUGUAGCAUGGUCUUGAUAGAAAUACCAUAUAAUUUAAAAGGUGAACAUUUCUAUUGAAAAAUAAGGCAAAUGGUUAAAUUAGAUCUUUACAUAGUUUUCAUAAAGCAUCAGUCUGGAAAAUGUGACUUAUUAAUAAUGCAAAUGUGAACAUUUUAUAGCAGCAUUUGUGAAAACACACCCUUUUCAAUACCCAUGUUGAUGUACCGUAAAGCUAAAUGUAAGCAUGUCAUCAAUUUGUCUAAUAUAUAUUAAAUUUUACUUAAAAUAAACAUUUCACUUAUAUUUAUGUUUUCCAUGUUAUAAAUAUGCUUAUUAUAAGUAUUUUCACUUGUCUACAAAAAUUGUUAUAUUUAAAUAAAUGUGAAUUAAAAUAAA